AUGAGUUUGUCAGAGUCAACUCAGAGCUUCCAGGUCAGAGGGAAAGGUUCCUCCAACAUGAGGCUUCCUCUUCACAGAGCGGAAGACCUGAAUGGAAACACUUUCUCGCUUUCUUCUUCCUCUCCGUCCUCCUCGUCCUCAGCAUCUCCUGAGUCACAUCGGAGUGUGAGCAGCCUCAGUGGGAGUCAAACCCACAGCCCUGUGGACUAUGACAUGUUAGAGAUCACCCUGACCACCACAGUGGUGACCAAAACCACGGAUGUUGUCGUGUUCCAGUGUGGCGACCACGAAGAGGCCUCUGUGGAAAAGUUGGAAGCCAACAAAGACCUGUCGGAAUCAAACGACAACUCCGUGUCCAUUUACCUGGACGCCAGCAGCGGGGAAUACUGCCAGGACACCUGGACUGACAAGGAGAACCUGGAUCUGGAUCUGACAGGAAUCUGCUGCAGUCAAGAUGAAUAUGAGGACGUGAGCAGUGGAAAGGAAGACUGCAAGAAACUAACAUCUGAGGAGGAAGGCGGAGAACACACAGAGGUCUUUAAGCCCGGCCGGUCCGACAUCCAUCAGUCUGACAGAGCAGUGAGGAGCAAACCCAGCUCAGCCUCAGCCUCGGCCUCGGCCUCAGCCUCAGCUCAGAGCAGGUUCUCAGACGCAGGGUCAUCCCCCAGUGUGAGGGUGAGGAGGCUCCCAGGACCAGACCUGAGACACGUCAAGGCUAAGGUGGACUCCCGACCCACUCUCAGCCCAGCUAAAGCAUCCACUCAGGUACUGUACAGUUACUGA